AGUUUGCUGCUGUUGCUCAACAGUCCACUCAACAGUCCUGGGCAGAGAGGAGCAGCUGUGACCCGGAUCAUGUUUGUCUGAAGAAACUGCAAUAUCUACAGCGAACAGCAGCAGGGAGACAAGGGUCAGCUUAGGGCAAAGGUCACUGUUUGCAAGACAAGUGGUCAGAGACAGUCCCCGACAGAAUGGCGGAUAAAGAGUCCGGAGUGUCUCCUGGCACCUCUAGGAGCCAGCUGCCGGAUUCCUCGGACUCUGAGCCGGACGUGGAGCCCUCCGCGGUGUUCGCUACCGGACCCUCCAACACCACCUUCCCCCGUUCCCAGGUCAUCCACAGCGGGCACUUCAUGGUGUCGUCCCCGCACAGCGACUCCACUGCGCGGCGUCGGAAAAGUGGCGGUUCCCUCAGAUACGACUUCGACACGGUGAACAGAUCGUGGUGUCAGACGUACCGGUUCGGUCCGCUGAGCAGCGGCAGCCUGAGCAUUGACCCGACUAUGACCCGCCUGUUCGAGUGCAUGUCCCUGGCCUACAGUGGGAAGAUAGUUUCACCAAAGUGGAAGUCUUUCAAAGGGCUCCGCCUGCUGUGGAGAGACAAGAUUCGCCUGAACAACGCCAUCUGGAGGGCAUGGUUCAUUCAGUACGUGGAACGGAGGAAGAGCUCGUUGUGUGGGUUCGUCACGCCAUUGGAGGCUUCAGAAGCUGAUGCCCAUCGGAAGCCUGAAGCAAUUGUGUUGGAAGGCAGUUACUGGAAGAGGAGGAUUGAGGUGGUGAUCAAGGAGUACCACAAGUGGAGGAUUUAUCACAAGAAGAGGCUCCAUAAAAAGAAGGAUGACAUUCUGACAAUGCUACAUGAGGGUGACGGAUAUCAGACCAACCUGGAGAAAUGGUCCACUCAGAUGUACCAAGCGGCUGAAGCUGCCCCUGCGGAGGCCCACAUGUUCGACCUGGACUGCUUCCUGUCUGACAUUUCUGACACAUUAUUCACUAUGACACAAAAGCCCUGUCACUGGACCAGUGACAGGCACAACACCUAUACCAACAAUGCUGACAUCAUUCAGCCAGGUCUAACUCCACUGCAGCCCAACUUAGAUGAUUUCAUGGACAUACCAGAUGUUUUUAUGAACUACAGAGGUCAGACUACGGAGCACACUGGUUUUGCGGAUUGCAGCUAUUUUGAGAAUUCGUCCAGCACAACAUUUACUGCAGUUCCCUCUGCUGUUGUAUCAGCUCCUCCUCCUCUGAUUGACAGCCAGCCGACCCAGCCCAGUCUCUCAUCUGAAAAUUCCUCUUCAUCUCAUACUCGACCGGACCAUGUCAGACCAGGCCAGGAAUGCAGUGAGUACCCUGAAUCCAGCAUUGGAACAGAAGCCAUUCCAUAUGGACUUCAGUCGUACCCUAAUAUUCCAAUCCCAACUGCAUUCAGCACCAGUGCUGAGCAGCCAGUAUCUGCGAGCGUUCCUUUUCUGCAGCCCUUGCCGUGUCACAAGUUGGGUUACUACACAACAACCGGUGUGACCUCCACCGUCAUCACCCACACUGCCUCCAGUGCUGAGGCUCCAGGCCCUGUGCUCCAGGGUCAAGGCUUUCCGCACACGCUGGACAUGUAUCCUCAGACUGCCUGCCACUCCCUGAGCUACGCCGACGCCAUGACUGACCCUCCCCAAGAACCUCCGCCCCCUGUCACUGUUCCCCACCGAUUCUCAAUGCCAGAGCAGCUGGCUGUUAGAGGUAGAGGUAAACACAAGCAAAAGAAAGGAGAAGCCAGGACGGCCACUCCCUCUGUGGUUCCACAUGACCCCCAGUUCACAUACACUAGCUGUCUGGCCAAACUCCUGUCAUCCAGCACGGUAGAACGGAAGCCAGCACUUGGACCGGAUACGACUCUAGUGACAGUCAAAGGUCAGAGGUCGACAUCACAGCCAGGCAGCAGUAGCAGUUGCCCGCAUGUCGGUGACUCUUCAUCGCAGCAUGGAACCAUCUGGCCUCCGGGGAUGUCAACGCUGACACCUAUACACAGCCCCAGUCCCACGCUGACUCACAGAAGGUCCCAGGCCAGCACCACAAAGGAAUUUGUGAUGUCCAACCUACUCACCAAGGAUUCCAUUCAUUCCAGCACAGUCCCCCUAAUUCCUAAAACAGAGAAGUUGUCUCCUGUACAGCUGUACGGCACAGACAGGAGCACCAUGUCUGUUAAUUUACCAGAGCAGCCAGGUCAAUCACCAUCACUGAACCCUUUAGACAAAGUCUCCAACCCUGAGUCUCCACAGUCUGGCUUCUCAGGACAUGGAAAGAGAGAGCUGAGUAAGCACACUGAGACCAGAAGAAUCACUCACAUCUCAGCGGAACAGAAAAGGCGAUUCAACAUCAAAAUGGGAUUUGACACUUUACACAACCUUGUGACGACUCUCAGCACUCAGCCCAGCAUAAAGAUCAGCAAGGCCACCACCCUGCAGAAGACGGCAGAGUACAUCAGUAAGAUGCAGCAGGAGAGAGCGCAGAUGCACGAGGAGGCUCAGAGACUCCGAGAGGAAAUCCAGCUCCUCAACUCUGCCAUCAACGCAUGUCAGCUGCAGCUUCCGGCCACUGGAGUGCCAAUCACACGACAGCGCUUCGACUACAUGAGGCAGAAGUUCAGAGAGUAUGUGCGGGCGCAGACUCUACAGAACUGGAGGUUCUGGAUUUUCAGUAUAAUCAUCGAGCCACUGUUUGAGUCCUUCAAUGCAAUGGUGUCCACUGCCAGUGUUGAGGAUUUGUGUCGAUCCACUGUGUCCUGGCUGGACCAGCACUGCUCUCUGCCUGCCCUCAGACCCAUGGUUCUGAGUUCCCUCCGUCUUCUGAGUACCACUACAGCCAUCCUGACAGACCCCACACUUCUGCCAGAGCAGGCCACCCUUGCUGUCACCCAGGAUGACACCACUGCUGGCCCUGUUCCGGACAAUUCUUUACAACCAACCACAUGGAACAGUAUGCCUCCCAUGUGAAGAGAAUAAAAUGUAGCUACAGUACCAAGGGAGGGCUUCAAAAGAACCAAGACUCAACACUGGGGCGUUGAUAUUUUUGUUUACAAGUACUCAGUAAUAAAACUUGUCGUGUCAAUGUUGAUUUUUUUUAUGAGCUCAAAAUAAUAUUUUUACACCGCAAACUGACUCUUUAAACAUGACAAAAAAGGAAUAGCUGAAGAAUGUAUGUGUAAUCUUGUGAAAACAAACAGAAAAGAGACUAAACUAAUAAAACUGACCCUUUACAAAACAUUAAGUAAAAACAUUUUAAAACAUCAAUCUGAACUUUUUGAUGGUGGUCAAAUGACUCUUAAAGUACAGUUUGUUAAUAGUAAAGGGUGCAUUGGUAAUCCUAGCACGUGAAGAUGCCAAUCUGGACAUCAUACAAAAUUUUUUUUUCUUUUUUUUCAAAAUAGAUUUUGUGUUCCUACAUGGCCUGUCUUCUUUAAUAACAGACAGAUAUGGAUAUGGACACAUUUUCAAAAAUGUAAUUUAUCAAAAAGUAUGAGAUUAACUUGCCUCUGUCCUGAUUGUUAUGAACAUUGUUGUAAAUCAGGUGUAAAUUUCCCUAAUUUAAUAAGUUCAUAUUUAAAAAUGUAAUUAAAUUGUGCAGUUAAACACAAUCUUUUCAGCUUUUAUUGUUUUUGUAAGUGUAAAUAAAGGCUGAUCUGGG